AUGCCGCCGAACAACAAGAAAAAGAAGAAGCCCGCCUCCAAUCCGGCUCGAGGCUUUGCGACAGUCUCCAUGCCAUCAAAGCCUAAACCGGAGGCAACACAGACCCAAUCUCCGGCCACCGAGGAGUCGAAGGCUACACCGGAAAGCGAGCCGCAAUCCGCACGCACCAAAGAGCGUACCACAGACGCCAGCGCGCCAGAUCCGACGCCUUCCUUGCAAAAUUACACACCGGAGGAACUUGAGAAACACCUUGAAGAAGCGCAGCUUCAAAUAUUUGUGGAAAAAUAUGCCACUAAGUGCAAAAAUGACGCAGCACGACAAGCUACAAAACUGGAGAACGAACGGCGAGUCUUCCGCCAGCAGUCUGUCACACUGGGCCUGCUUGAGUGGCUACCAGCAGAGAUACAGGAUACAAUCUUCGAUUAUUACAACGCCGAAGAGCAUGAAAUCCUCGCAACAAGUGCAAAAACAAGUUCCAGGCAAGCUGGCUCUGAAGAUGAGCUGUACAGCAAGCUUUGGAUACUGAAGGAGACAUUACUCAAACUUGAUUUCCCCGAGAAUCGCGUUGAAGAUGCACUGAAGCAUGUUCUGCAAUACUUCGCCGGCAACUCAACCAGCGCCGGUCGGGAUGUUGUAUGGAAUCUCGAGGAGGCGCUAGAGUGGUUGGCUGUACACAGCGACAAGAAAGAGCUUCCCUCAUAUACGCAGACUAACACUCGUCAACUGAAAGACACAGAUACCGUUACCUCAUGGAUGCCUGAGCUCAAACCCUCCGGGUCAUCGACUCCUAUCACAUCAUCAAGCAAAGGAAACAAGAAGGCGGACUGGAAAGCCGAAAAAGUUGCGACGCCUGUCUCAUACGACUCAGACAGCUCGGUCGACCCAGAUGACAUGGUUCCUGAGUGGCUAGACCUACAAGUUCGGCUGUAUAGCCUCGAGCCGGACCUUUUCGAUCGCCCCGGAAAGGGGAAGAAGGGUCGGGGUGCCAACGCAUCGGCCGACCCAUUGUCUGCCGACCCAGAGUCUACCAAAAUCCAACGGAAGAUCGCUAAGAUCGAAAGAGAUGUCCUCUUCGAGCGCCGAGAAGCAGAGUACUUGUGGGAGCAGAAGCUGGAUGAGCUUCGAAAAGAUGCCACUUUCAUCCGACGCCCAGUGGACAGGAAGAAAAAGAGUGCUCCGACCGCGGAAGAAGCUCAACCAAAACCUGAAAUCUCCGAAGAGAUAGACCCAUCUCUGCUUGAGAUUGAAGGAAUGGAAGAUGCUCUUGGUGGUAUGUUCGAGGCUGAACCGGAGGAACCAGAGUCGAUCUUGGGUCUCCCUGCUCCAGAGACCCAGGCUUCAUUCACGCUGCGUGAUUUUGGAAAAUCGACUGGUCUGAGUCCCCGCCGAGUGCUGGAAGAGACUUGCAAAUCAAGAGAUUCUUCUUGUAAAAUUGUCUACCAAGAUCUUUCCUCUUCGAGUCAUUCAAACAGGAAGGCUGUUGAGGUGCGGUGGUCAAAGCCUCAGGAGGUACCGUUCUUACUAGCAGUGGACUCUGUCACGCACAAGUCAAAUGCUCUUGCUACAUUUGUGUCCAUGGAUGCCAUUGUCACACCGGAUGCACAACAAGCCGAGAACUAUGUGUCAACUCUGGCCUUGUUCAUCCUGUUCCCGCAGAACUCCAAGGAGGGCAAAUCAUACCUGCGUCUUCCAACGGCCUGGAGGGAUCUGUCAACGGAAUUGGCUACUCUGCAGAAGACUCAGCAGGAUGCUAUUGACAUGGCCACCCUCACAGACUUGAAACGUCUGGUUGAAGAAAACCCAAGCACGCUUGAAGAUGACGUUGUGCUAUCUGACAAUUUCCGCAAGCGCAACGGAAAUGGAAGCAAGCCGGGCACCCCGGUCAAGGGCACCGGUCGCGACAACUAUUUUGGCUUCAAUGAUCAUUUGAAGGAAGCUUGGGCUGCAAAGUCAUCGACGUCCUCAUAUAACCGCAUGGUGCAAGGCAGAAUGCAGCUUCCCAUUUGGGGCUUCAAGAAUGAGAUUUUGGACACACUUGACGAUUCUCGCGUUAUCAUCAUCUGCAGUGAAACAGGUAGCGGAAAGAGUACUCAGAUACCGUCCUUCAUUUUGGAGCACGAGAUGACUCAAGGCCGACCUUGCAAGAUUUAUGUGACUGAGCCGCGUCGAAUUUCCGCCAUUUCCCUUGCUCGACGUGUCAGCGAAGAGCUGGGUGAGAGCAAGAAUGACGUUGGCACUCACAAAUCUUUGAUUGGUUUCGCAGUGAGGUUGGAGAGUAAAUUCACUCAGUCCACGCCUUUAAUCUAUGCAACUACAGGAGUGGUAGUGCGGAUGCUGGAGCGCCCCGAGGACUUCCAAGAUAUCACUCAUGUCGUUCUUGACGAAGUCCACGAGCGCACAAUUGACAGUGAUUUCCUUCUCAUCGUACUUCGACGGUUGAUGGAGAAGCGCCCCGAAUUGAAGCUUAUUCUCAUGUCAGCCACCGUUGACGCACAGCGCUUCUCAACGUAUCUUGGUGGUGUGCCAAUCCUUAACAUCCCAGGCCGAACCUUCCCCGUGGAAAUGAAAUUUCUGGAGGACGCAGUUGAAAUGACAAACUACCGUCUGUCGGAAGAGGACCAACACACAGUUUUAGAGGACGACAUGGAUGACCCGCCUGCGGACGCUGACACUUCAGGUGGUCUUCAAGCCAGUCUCGACGGGUACUCUCGACAGACGAAGGAGACAAUCAUCAACAUCGACGAGUACAGAUUGGACUACGAAUUGAUCAAGAGGCUGCUGAUCAAAAUUGCGACCGCACCGGAAAUGGAGCACUACAGCAAGGCGAUUCUUGUGUUUAUGCCUGGACUAGCAGAGAUCCGUCGCCUGAACGAUGAAAUCCUCGCGGAGCCAAUGUUCCAACGGAACUGGAUUGUGCACGCGCUGCAUUCCUCCAUUGCAAGCGAUGAACAAGAAAAGGCUUUUAACGUGCCCCCAGAAGGCACGAGGAAGAUUGUGAUCGCGACAAACAUUGCAGAGACAGGUAUUACCAUUCCGGAUAUCACGGCUGUCGUUGAUGCCGGAAAGGAGAAGAUGAUGCGCUUUGACGAGAGACGCCAACUUUCUCGGCUCGUCGAAUCUUUCAUCUCGCGCGCAAAUGCCAAGCAGCGUCGCGGUCGUGCUGGUCGCGUGCAGAAUGGCAUUUGUUUCCAUUUGUUCACUAAGCAUCGGCAUGAAAAGCUCAUGGCGGCACAGCAGACUCCUGAGCUGCUCCGACUUUCUUUGCAGGAUCUCGUGCUUCGGGUGAAGAUUUGCAAGCUUGGAGAAGUUGAGGAGACGCUCCUUGAGGCUCUUGAUCCGCCUUCGUCUAAAAACAUUCGUCGGGCAAUUGAUUCCCUGAAGGAAGUCAAAGCCUUGACCAGCAACGAGAGUUUGACUGCUCUUGGAACACAACUAGCCAAGCUACCUCUUGAUGUCUUCUUGGGCAAAAUGAUCAUCCACGGAGCCUUCUUCCGCUGCUUGGAUGCGACCGUCAGCAUUGCGGCUAUUCUCUCGUCAAAAUCACCUUUCGUCAAUGCCAUUGGGUCUAACUCACAGCGCGAUGGAGCACGAUUGACUUUCCGAAGAGGUGACUCUGACCUUUUGACGGUUUACAAUGCCUACUGCAGUUGGAGGCGCAUUCGAAGCACACCAGGUUCCAACGAAUUCACCUUCUGUCGCAAGAACUUCCUCAGCCCACAGACACUCAAUGGCAUCGAGGAUAUCAAAAUGCAGCUUGUGACAUCAAUUGUCGAUGCAGGCCUACUGACUUUAGAUGGCGCCCAGAAGGCAGCGCUCAAUCGCGCGCGCUCCAACAGUCGGAACCGUCAAUUCUUCAUCAUCCCCGAGGAUUUCGACAUCAACAGCAACAACGACGUUGUAAUCAACUCUGUCAUCGCAUGGAGUUUCUACCCGAAGCUCCUCACGCGCGAAGGCAAAGGCUGGCGCAACGUCGGCAACAACCAAACGAUCACAUUGCACGCGACGUCAAUCAACAAGCGAGCGGAUCAGUCCAUCAAGUGGCUGUCAUACUACCACAUCAUGCAGGCGCGGAAUCGCAAUCUGAACGCUCAUGACACAAGUGCGGUUGACGACUUCGCCAUCGCGCUACUGUGUGGUGAUGCCGAGUUCAAGAUGUAUUCUGGUGUCGUCUCCAUCGAUGCGAAUCGCAUCCGCUUCGCUGUGCGGGACUGGAAGUCCAUGUUGGCUUUGAAAAUCCUCCACACUCGCUUGCGCGAAAUCCUAUCGAACACAUUCCGCAACCCCCACCGUCCACUGUCUUAUAAGCAGCAGCAAUGGGUUGAUAUUUGGCAACAGAUCUUCACUCAGGCUGGUAAGCGAUGA